AUGACCUGUCGUCAAGCCUUCAAUAUGGUCCACACGUUAUCUGGUGUCAGCGCAAACGUUCCUGGAUUUACGCUAUGGUCCAAAUUUCUCACACGAUCUGAACAAUGGACACUGCUUGCUGCAUCACUUCAUAAGCUCGACUCGAUGGGACCGAGAAAAGGUCGUCGCCUCCGACAAGAGCAUUUCAAAACAAAGUUCAACGGUUCACCACCUGAAAUGGGUGAAGGAAGCCUCCAAAAUUUAUUCGCUCCUGAUGGGCUUUACGAGUUCCAGGAGGGACACUUUGACGGGGUCAUCCGCCACUACCGGGAAAUGCAUUUAACAUCAUGGCCAGUAGAUACAUUCGACGGGCUUGAAGCAAUUCUUUCCCGACUUUCUUCCUUGUGUCCUAGUCGAGCUACGCAAACCCAUUUGCUACACCUGGCGUCUUAUGGAGAUAUAUACCCCCACACUGACAACAUCGGUGCCAGUGGCUCGUGGAUUUUGGGAGUAAGCUUGGGUGAUGAGAGACUUUUGAAAAUGGAAAAGGAGGGAGACUUCUUUAGCGUCGAACUGCCCUCCGGGAGUGUGUAUCUACAACGGGAUUCUGUGAGGUACCAGUACAAACAUUCCAUCCUGAGGAAAAAUAUUCACCAACGUGAUCCCUCGAUUUCUGGUCAACGCAUGAGCAUCAUGAUAAGGGUGUGUGCUCUAGAAUUCUUCUGA